CUUUCACAGCAAGACAUUAUCAGCAAACGACCUCACAAAACACAACUUACAGUUAUUACUUCCAGUGUCAUUACUUAUAUAAGUACAGUUCACAGAAGGAGAGUUUUUAAAAGAGAAUAAUGUGCUGACAUGUCACUGAAAAAUAAAAGCGCGGAGAAGAUAUUAGUUGCGACAACCCGCACACCACCACCGAAGAAGAACGCGACCUGUGAUGCACACCCUCCGCCAAUAUGACGGCACACAGGGCAGUUUCUGCCUCUGAUUUCAAAGAAGAAUAAGCCUUGUUGUUUCUACAAGUGCUGAAUCCGCUGCCUGGACCAAAGUAGAUGCGACGCCGACUUUAUAUCUUGGUCUUGCAGAAUGUCCAAGAUCAGGCGGAAAGUAACAGUGGAGAAUUCAAAAACCAUAUCUGAUAGCAGCAGCAGCAGCAGCACCACGACGACCAGCAGCACCAGCAACCCCGCCGCCCCCUCCCGCCGGCCCAGUGUGUUCGAGAGACUCGGCCCCAGCACUGGGAGUAAUGCUGCUGAUAGUCACUGUAGAAAUUGGCUGAAGACCGGUAAUUGCAGUUACGGCAACACUUGUCGCUACACACAUGGAACUCAGCCACGAGGCAAAGGAUUUAGCUUUAGUCGGUCAGCCGAGAGACCCACAGGUGAUCUGCGGGAGAGGAUGAAGAAUAAAAGACAGGAUGUUGACCCAGAAAACUUGAAGCGAGACCUCGACGAGCCCACAUCCCCCCCAGCGAGACAGAGAGACUCCUCCAGAGGCCGACACAGGGAAAAGGAGGAUAUAAAGAUCACAAAGGAGCGCACCCCAGCCAGUGAAGAAGAGCCCACAGAGUGGGAAACUAAUCGUGAAGACUCAGAUAUCGACUACGACUACGAGUUGUCGCUUGAGAUGAAGCGCCAGAAGAUUCAACGUGAGCUGAUGAAACUGGAGCAGGAGAACUUGGACAAGAGGGAGGAGAUUGUCAUCAAGAAAGAUGAGACCCCCAACAAAACUAGAGCCACUGCCAUGCCCAAGGCCUCCCCAGAGCCGCUAAGUCAUAAAGAUUCACCGUCACCGUCCAGGAAGUCAAGUAGAUCCCCAAAACACAAAAGUGGAACCAAAGGACAAGGUUCUGGGAAGAAAGAGAAGAAGGCAUCAGUGUCCUCGCCAGUUUCAGACUCUACCAGGCCGUCAAAGGGGAGCCACAGUAAGAAGAAAGGGCCCCGUACCCCCAGUCCUCCUCCCCCAGUCCCUCUGGACAUUCCUGUGGUUGGGAAAAAACACAAGGGCAAACACAAGAACAAGGAGAAGUCUGAGGAGAAGCAGAAGGAAGCGAAAGAUCGGGGGCGAGAUACAGAAAAACACAAAGAGAAGAAGGAGAAACGCAGGGACCGAUCAGACAGUUCCCACAAGGCCAAGCGGUCUGUGACGUCAGAGGAGCGUUCUGGUAGUGUGUCGUCUCUCUCUAGGGGCACUUCACCUCCAGCCAGGAAGAAAUCCUCCUCUCCGAAAGCUAUGUCCCAUAAGGCCUCCCCUCCUCGCAGGUCUCCCUCUCCUCCACGCCACCAGCGCACCCCCACUCCUCCCCGCCACCACUCCCCCUCCUCCCACUCUGGUUCCUCUGCCCAGCGGCACUCUUCGUCCCCUCGUCGGCGGCGCUCGUCCUCUCCUGCGUACCACCGGAGCUCAGCAGCCCAGGCCUCUGCCUCCCCCCCUCCAAGCUCCCGGCGCUCUCGGUCACCUCCCGCCUCCCAUGACACCUCCUCACCCCAUCGGCGAUCUGACAGAUCCAGCCCCAGCCAGCGCCACUCCAGGGGCCGCGAGAGGAGCCGUGGUGAAAGAGAGAGGAGUCCGCCUGCCCAGGAGCGCAGACACGAGCGCAGAGAUGAAAGCCGCAGCAAGCGAGAGAAGGACAGCUUCCGGGACGACCGGGACUAUGACUCCGAACAGGUCUCAUCACGGGACGCCCGCGACGACAGGGAGACCAGAGAGGCCCGCGAGCGACGUGACGCCCGCGAGCGAGGAAGAGAAACAACUCGAGACUCUCGCGACCACAGAGACAACAGGGACGUGAAGGACUCCAGAGAGAGCAGGGCGGACACCCGCUCCAGCCGAGAGUCGCUGGAGCGUCGCGACCGUGAACGGGAGCGAGAGAGGGAUCGGGAGAAGGAGAGAGAGAAGGACAGAGAACGGGAAAAGGAGAGAGAGAGGGAGAGGACUGAUAGCCACAGGAAGGAGGAGGCGGUGCAGGAGGACAGGAGUUACGGGAGAGGUCAUGGACGCGACGAUGGAGGGAGAGCUGAUGGGAGGACGGAGAACAGGACAGACAGAGCUGAGAGGAAUGGACGAGGGAGAGGGCGUGCCAAUGAAACAUCUGAUAAAGGUUCAAACAGAAACUCCCGGGGCUCCCAACUGAAAAGCAGCCAUGACAACUGGGAUUCACGCAGCAGCGCGGUGCGUGAGCGCAGCGCUGAGAGGAGCACAGAUCGCAGUGCUACCGAAAGAAGCUCUGAGAGGGGUUCAGAUCGAGAUCGCUACGAGGGUGACAGGAGAGGAGAGCAGGCCAGAGACUCCUCAUACGACAGGAGAGGAGGGCACGGUGAUCGCAGAGACAACCGAGAGAGAGAUCAAAGAGCAGCCUCCCCAAACAGAUACCAGGGAAGAUCAGAGGACUCCGAGAGGGAGGAGAGGAGGCAGGAGCGCAGGACAGACAGAGCAGACGAGGGCCGAGACGACAGGACCCGCGACCGGGAUCGAGAGAGAGAGCGAGAGAGGGACAGGGAGCGGGAGAGAGAGAAAGAGGACAGGGAGCGAGAGAGGGAAAGGGAGCGAGAGAAGGAGGCCGAGAGGGAGCGGGCCAGGGAGAGGGAAAGGGAGCGGGAACGAGAGAGGGAGAGAGAGCGGGAGAGGGAGCGCGAGGAGCGGGAGCGAGAGAGGGAGGAACGGGAGAGGGAGCGGGAGAGGAAGGAGCGAGAAAGGGAGAGGGAGAGGGAGCAGCGGGAGCGAGAGAGGCAGCGUGAAUGGGAGGAGAGAGAGAGAGGACGAGAGGAGAGGCGGGAGAGGAGAGACGACAUCAGGGACGACCGGACCGUUAGAGACACCCGGGACGAACGCAAGACAAGUCGUAAGAGGCCCAGGGUGGAGAGCAGCCCCAGCCCCCGAGCCUCGCCUAAGCGAGCAACUCGGGACCUCAGUCCGGCAGACAGCGACGGCUACAACAGCGCGGAAGAGAAAAGUGAGCGCCCGAUUGGCCGAGGGCAGGCCAAGCUCCACCCACAGCCCCUCCUCCCCAGCCCAGUGUGUCCGCCUCCAUCUGACAGUGCUGACAAGCAUCGUUUGCUGAGCCAGGUGGUGCGGCCCCAGGAGCCCUUGUUACGUUCUCCGCCGAGGGCUGCUCUGGCCGAUGAGAAGUCCAGCCACUGGAAGGAUGAGGAGCGCAGAGGAGCUGGGGACAAAAGGGACGCACGCAGCCGCCAUGAAGACCUGGAGCCGCGCGGGGAACGAAGCAGAGGAGGUGACAGGCGAGGAGAGCACCUUUCAGACACCCCUGCUGACUCCCGCAGCAGAGGCAGAGAGCAGCGGGAGGCCACGCCACCUCCCCCUGCGUCAUCCCUCGCCAUUGGCAGCGAAGACAGAGACAUCGCCGGCUCCCAGGCCCAUGAGGAGGGCAAAAAGAAGAAGUCGCAGAGGAAGGGCUUGAAGAAGGGUCGCAAAGAAGAGGAGAUUGGCGGUGGCCUGGCUGGUGCAGGAGAUCGUUUCAACCCCGAGCCCCCAGCUGGCGGUCCUCCAGAUGGACCUCCACCCUUACACUCGCCCAGGAAAGGAACAAAGAAGAAGGCGCUCGACCGAAAGAGGAAACGCUCACGAGAAGGAGAAUCUGAUGUGUCUGAUGAGGAUUCAUCUGCCCCUCAGCCACAUAAUAAACGCAGCAAGAGAGGACCCCGGACGCCACCACCCUCAAUGAGGCCUGACCAUCGUGUCACUGGAGGCAACGCAGAGCCGUCUCCACUGUCCAAAAUGGACAACUUCAGCGACUGGUCAGAUGAGGAGGUCACAGACCGUGGACUACUGGACACACAAGUGCCGCUGGCUCCUGCUGACAGGGCUCCUGCCGAGCCUCAUAGGAGAGGUGGUGGUCCCAGAGUGGGCAGAGACAGGGAGCGGUGCAACCCACCACCCAUCGCCCCUCUGCUUUCCCAAGAUCCUCCCAUGCUGCUGCAGACUCUGACCCCGCAGCCCCUCAUGUCCCAGCCCCUGCUCCGCAAACCUCCCCCGGAGCAGACACGCAGCAGCAGCAUGGGAAGCAACCAGAGCCGCACGUCGUCCAGACGCCUGCGCUCACCCUCAAACGAGUCAGCCCAUCGAGACGACCCCCAGGGCGCACGACCCCGCCGGGGCAGGCUGCAGGGCGCCAACUCCCGGGACCGAGAGAGAGAGAGAGAACGAGAGAGGGAAAGAGAGAGAGAACGGGAGAGAGAAAGGCAGAGUGUAAACGACCCUCCUGGGGCUGAGAGGAAGUCUCGGAUAGACCAGUUGAGGAGAGGGGAGCCCAGUCGCAGCACCUCCUCAGACCGGCAGGAUUCCCGCAGCCACAGCUCCAGGCGCAGCUCUCCUGACUCUGAGAGGCAGGCCCCGUCCAGGUCGCGCGCCGGCUCCCACGACAGCCGAGAACGGGAGCGAGACAGGGAGCCAUUUGAGCGCGAGCGUGACCGAAAGGACCUUCGCCCUCAGCAGCAGCAACAGCAGCAGCAGCCCCUGCUCCUCCAACAGCCUCUGCAGCAACAGAGGGACUGGGAGCCUGAACCCAGAGACUGGCCGAGCCGGGGGCGAGAGCCCCUGCUGAUGCGUCCUGGCCGGGAACCUCUCCUGAGGGAGCGGGACAUCAGGGAGAGGGAACGCUUGCUCCCUGAAGGCCUCAUUCAGCAGCAUGAACGGGAGCGGGAAAGAGAGCGAGAGAGGGAGCGGGAGAGAGACAUCAGAGGCGACAGAGGUGGGGAUCGAGAGAGGGAGAGGAUGAUGAUGAUGAUGGACCUGCCGCCGCACGUGGACCCCAGAGCCCCAGGACGAGGGGAUCUGAGAGGUGAUCUCAGAGGAGACCUGCGAGGGGACCUGAUGAGACCGGAGAGGAGCGAAUACGAGCCUCUGCUGCCAAGAGAAGCCUUCAGCCCCCCAGAGCCGGAGAAACCGAGCAACAGUCACCAUCUGAUGGUGGAGCAGCGGGAGCUGGAGAAGACGGACAGCAUCGACGGAGACGAUGAUGGGAAAGAAGACGAUGGCCAGUCAGUGGCGUCUGUGGGAGAGGAGUAUGAGCCCAUCAGUGACGAUGAGCUGGAUGAAAUUCUCGCUGACAGCCAGAAGAAAGAGGAUCAGCAAGACGAGGAGAAAAUUACAGGUCCUUUGGACGUCAUUGACGUGGACUGGUCCAGCCUGAUGCCCAAACAGAAGCAGGAGCCGCGGGCAGCAGGGGCAGCCUUGCUCCGGUUCACCCCAGGGGCCGUGCUUCUCAGGGCGGGUAUCUCUAAGCGACUCGCUGGUCCUGAGCUCCUGGAGCAGGUCAGAGAGGUGUGCAAGUCAGAGCUGGACGACCCCAAAGAUGCUGACAAGCUGUUCGAGCAUGACCUGGGGGCUCUGAACAUGGCAGCCCUGAACAGGCGGGUGGAGAGGGCAGGUCUACUGAGGAACCUCGGGCCUUGCUGCAAGGCCCUGUGUGCCCGCAGGGACUUCGCCAUCCGCCGGCAGCUGUUAAAGAACGACAAGGGUCUGACGAAGCAGUACCCCACUACGCCCGUGGUCGACAACGAGCUGCUGCAGAUGAGCAUGCGGCUCUUCAGACGGACCAUGGCUGGUCAGGCCUCAGGCUCAGAGAGGGCCGACGGUGGGUCAGCACCAGCAGCCGAGGCGGCCCCAGCCGGUGGUAGUAAGCUCAGCACAGCUCAGCCUGAAGUGUGUGUGUCCUGAUAGAAGUGGUUUUAGCGAGUCAAACACGUGAAAAUGAACGCCCCCCUCCUAACUCUCGCUGACUCUGUCCCAUUUCAUUUCUUACAUUACCUUUAAUCAUGACAGGAAAUAAAUUGUGAAUCAGUUAUGCUUGACAUGUCUUGGAUGAUCUGCACGUGCUGUGCCAUAGACUACUGGACACUCUAGCCUAUGGAGGUGUGUAACGACCCAUGUAUGAGAAACAUGCCCAAAAUGAUUUCAUGUUUUUUUGUGCACUGCAGUGAUUUAGUGCAGCUUUUUAAUUGUCCGUCUCACCUGCCUAACCAAGCUCAAAUGUUUGUUUUCGUAUGUUGUGCAUUGGUAACCACGACUGUGCAUUAAAAUGGUCAGAUGUGGAUUUUUGUAACGGGUCUUUUGCUUUGUCAAAGUGACUGUUCAGCCUUUAACUAAUGUGAUGUCAUCGCUAUUUCUGUUAACGUCAUAUGACGACAUUUCUGCCGAGCAAAGCUUUAGCGUUUGCUGCAGAGCGUCACUGACCGACAACACUGAAACAUCCUGCAGGGACUUGAAUGAACGUUUCUCAUGAAUAAGCACUGCCAAACUAUUCCUCCACUGAAUGUCAUUUGUCUUAUAACUGUAAACAUUACUGCUUUUUGCUUCGUGUAUGUGUUCUGAAUGGUUUGGCAAUGUCUCCCUGAACUGAACUCCAACACUGCCAUGUGGAACUCCUCUCCCUAACGUUCACCAGUCCACACCAUCCAAACAGGAUCAUUCCCAAUAGGAAAAGACACUAGACUGCGUAGAUGUUUUUUAAAAUGACUGAAGGGAUAAUUAAUUCGAGCUUCCAGUGGUUCCACAGUCCUGAUUUAAAAAAAAGACUUGUACAGGUGGAGAAGCUGAAUCUCUGGGAUGUGGUUCUAUCAACACUCUUAGCUCAAAGUGACACUUGUAAAGAGCAGGUGGUGCAUGGACACAAAGUCAAUGGACAAACAAUCGACAGCUGAACAUAAAAAUGGGAAGAGGCUGUUAUCUUAGAGCCCUGGAUUCAACAUGACACCUCCUCUCGGCCAUGCUACUGUGACAUGAAAUCUAAGUGAUGUUGAAAGCGUCCGACCACAACUAUGUCACCUUCUCCUGCUACAUAUUUAUUUUGUCUAAGGGUCAAGGUCAUUUUGAGAUGUGCAAGUAAUGAUAUCUGGUUCAACGCUGUAUUUUUUUUUUUUUUUUUUUUACUGAAAAAAUAAAUGUAGAAUGACAU